ACUUCUUUAGGUUUAGGUUCAAUAUUGGAAAGAAUACUGGUAGGUGAUGCGGUGCUCUUCAAAUUGCACUACAUCAGGGACACAUAAUGUGCAUGGCUGGCGGCCUGACUCCGUGUUUUUGAAGCUGGGAGGAGGCGAAGCCUAAGGAGUCAAUCCUCUAUGGACCCAGGAGCUGAGCUCUGUCUGAACCCCAACCUCUGUGGCUGCUGACCAAGAUCACUCCAUGGAUGAAAUGACAGCUGUGGUCAAGAUUGAAAAAGGAGUUGGUGGAAAUAAUGGGGGCAAUGGUAAUGGUGGUGGUGCCUUUUCUCAGGCUCGAAGCAGCAGCACAGGCAGUAGCAGCAGUGGAGGAGGAGGAGGGCAGGAAUCCCAGCCAUCCCCUUUGGCUCUGCUGGCAGCAACUUGCAGCAGAAUUGAGUCACCCAAUGAAAACAGCAACAACUCCCAGGGCCCAAGCCAGUCAGGGGGCACAGGUGAGCUUGACCUCACAGCCACACAACUCUCACAGGGUGCCAAUGGCUGGCAGAUCAUCUCUUCCUCCUCUGGGGCUACCCCUACCUCAAAGGAACAGAGUGGCAGCAGUACCAAUGGCAGCAAUGGCAGUGAGUCUUCCAAGAAUCGCACAGUCUCUGGUGGGCAGUAUGUUGUGGCUGCCACGUCCAACUUACAGAACCAGCAAGUCCUGACAGGAUUACCUGGAGUGAUGCCUAAUAUUCAGUAUCAAGUAAUCCCACAGUUCCAGACCGUUGAUGGGCAACAGCUGCAAUUCGCUGCCACUGGGGCCCAAGUGCAGCAGGAUGGUUCUGGUCAAAUACAGAUCAUACCAGGUGCAAACCAACAGAUCAUCACAAAUCGAGGAAGUGGAGGCAACAUCAUUGCUGCUAUGCCAAAUCUACUCCAGCAGGCUGUCCCCCUUCAAGGCCUGGCUAAUAAUGUACUCUCAGGACAGACUCAGUAUGUGACCAAUGUACCAGUGGCCCUAAAUGGGAAUAUCACCUUGCUACCUGUCAACAGCGUUUCUGCAGCUACCUUGACUCCUAGCUCUCAGGCAGUCACUAUCAGCAGCUCUGGGUCCCAAGAGAGUGGUUCACAGCCCGCCACCUCAGGGACUGCCAUCAGUUCUGCCAGUUUGGUAUCAUCACAAGCCAGUUCCAGCUCCUUUUUCACCAAUGCCAAUAGCUACUCAACAACUACUACCACCAGCAACAUGGGAAUUAUGAACUUUACCACCAGCGGAUCAGCAGGGACCAACUCUCAAGGGCAGACACCCCAGAGGGUCAGUGGGCUACAGGGGUCUGAUGCUCUAAACAUCCAACAGAACCAGACAUCUGGAGGCUCUCUGCAAGCAAGUCAACAAAAAGAGGGAGAGCAGAACCAGCAGACACAGCAACAGCAGCAAAUUCUUAUCCAGCCUCAGCUUGUUCAAGGGGGACAGGCUCUCCAGGCCCUCCAAGCAGCACCAUUGUCAGGGCAGACCUUUACAACUCAAGCUAUCUCCCAGGAAACCCUCCAGAAUCUCCAGCUUCAGGCUGUUCCAAACUCUGGCCCCAUCAUCAUCCGGACACCAACAGUGGGGCCCAAUGGACAGGUCAGUUGGCAGACUCUUCAGCUGCAGAAUCUCCAAGUUCAGAACCCACAGGCCCAGACAAUCACCUUGGCCCCAAUGCAGGGCGUUUCCUUGGGGCAGACCAGCAGCAGCAAUACCACCCUUACACCCAUUGCCUCAGCUGCCUCCAUCCCUACCGGCACAGUCACUGUGAAUGCUGCUCAGCUCUCCUCCAUGCCUGGCCUCCAGACCAUUAACCUCAGUGCAUUGGGUGCUUCAGGAAUCCAGGUGCACCAGCUUCCAAGCCUGCCCUUGGCUAUAGCAAAUGCCCCAGGUGAUCAUGGAGCUCAGCUUGGCCUCCACGGAGCUGGUGGUGAUGGAAUACAUGAUGACACAGCAGGUGGAGAAGAAGGAGAAAACAGCCCAGAUCCCCAACCCCAGGCUGGUCGGAGGACCCGGCGUGAAGCAUGCACCUGCCCCUAUUGUAAAGAUAGUGAAGGAAGGGGCUCUGGGGAUCCUGGCAAAAAGAAACAGCACAUUUGCCACAUCCAAGGCUGUGGGAAAGUAUAUGGCAAGACCUCACACCUACGGGCACACUUGCGCUGGCAUACAGGCGAGAGGCCAUUCAUGUGUACUUGGUCAUACUGUGGGAAGCGCUUUACACGUUCAGAUGAGCUACAGAGACACAAACGCACACACACAGGUGAGAAGAAAUUUGCCUGCCCUGAGUGUCCCAAGCGCUUCAUGAGGAGUGACCACCUGUCAAAGCAUAUCAAGACCCACCAGAAUAAGAAAGGAGGCCCAGGUGUAUCCCUGAGUGUGGGCACUUUGCCCCUGGACAGUGGGGCAGGUUCAGAAGGCAGUGGCACUGCCACCCCUUCAGCCCUUAUUACCACCAAUAUGGUAGCCAUGGAGGCCAUCUGUCCAGAGGGUAUUGCCCGUCUUGCCAACAGUGGCAUCAACGUCAUGCAGGUGGCGGAUCUGCAGUCCAUUAAUAUCAGUGGCAAUGGCUUCUGAGAUCAGGCACCCGGGGCCAGAGACAUAUGGGCCAUACCCAUCAACCCUGGGAUGCAAGGUAGCAUGGGUCCAAGAGACAUGUGGGAGAGAGAGCCAUGAGGCAUUAAAAUGCAUGGUGGUGGGAAGAAUUUGGGGGAGGGAUACAAGAGAAGAGAUGGGGUCCUGGCACCCACCUAUAUCAUCAGUACCUCCUUGAAGUGGGAAACAUUAGUGAAAAUUCUGUUGGUGCCACCCUUUGAUGGGCAUUUGUUUGACCCCAAACAGUUUCUUAUACUUCUUACCCCAGCCUCCCCUUCCUGCCUUUCCCUUCUCAGCUCCCCCAUGAUGGAUCCCCCCCCUUUCCUAAAGCCAUCAUGCCUUGAUAAAUAUAUAUGAUCAUUGAAAUACUUUUUAACAAAAAAAAAAAAAAACCAGAUUCUAUAUUAUAUAUAUAUACAUAUAUAUAUAUAUAUAUAAAAGAUAUAUAGAGAUGCAUUUGCAGGGGUUGGCUGGGAGGAGGAAGGAGACCAUUCUGUGACCAAAAUACCUUGGUCAUUUUUUAUAUUGCCUUAUUUCCCUAUGGCUGAGCCUUGUUGUGACACAUCAAGCUUUUCUAGAGAUGUUGUCUUGGCUUCCCACCAGAUUAAGCAUUCAUAUGCUCUGCUUUUAGUUUAUAUACACAUACAUAAUGUUUUUCCUUUCUUAAUUUUGUCUUUUUAUUUGGGAUCAGCUUCUUGCACUCCUUUCUUGACUCAACCUUUCUGUCUCCCUUUCUCUCACCUGAUUGCUUCAUAUUUUGGUAAUGAUCCCUGGAUGAGGCACUUCUGUCAACCUUUUAAGGUUCUUGGUCCCAGCAGCAGAAUGGAGAGCCUUGAAGCCCAGGCUCAUGCUUGAGGUAGCUGUGGAGAGAGUGUUCAAAACUACUACUGACGCAGGCACCCUCUUGGCGCUGGAGAGUCAAAGGCACCUCUUCUCAUCAGCUGCUGUAAGCAUCAAGAGUCAGAAGUCUUUCUGUGGAAUUGUACAAGAGACCCUUUAAAGGUUAUAAUCUGGGAUCAAUUUGUAUAAACUGUCAAAAGUGGUCAAAUAAUAUGUAGGGGCUUUCAAUAGGAAAAUGAUGCGCUCAAAAGUGGAAGUGACUCAGAGUAGUCCAGUUCAGGAAUUAGUGGAGUAUUUGGACUUUUGUACAGCUGUCUUCCAAAGUAGGUCUAAGCUUUGGUAUGGGUUUCUGAGGUCACAUUCUGAAAGGAAAUGCACUUCCUCUUUUGAACAUCCCUGGUAGUUUCUUUCUCAUGUUAUUAAGGAGCAUCAGCCAAUAAAUCUGUUCCAGGUUUCCAUUCUGCAGAGCUCCAGAGUCUGUACCCGUGGCAAGGCAGUGGUUCUUUGAUCUUUUCUCUUAAUUCUUCCUUGGGUGGUUCCUAAGGGAAAAGGAAGCACACGAUCAUGGGAACAACAGCCCAGAACAAAAAGAAAUCUUGUCUUACCACUGUGGUUUAUAGGAGAGAUUGGGAGACACCAUCCUGCUUUCUCCAUGGCCUGAUUCUUGAAGAGACUGAUCCAAAAAUUAUAGCGGCAGGGAACUCUUAGUGCAUUUGGCACUGAGACUUAAAUGCAACCAGAGUUGUCCUCAAGGCCCAGCCAUUAAAACAUUGUCUCUCUUGACCUUCUGGUAUCUGUCAGAGAGCUUUUCACUGUGAGGAAGUGUGGAAAUGGCUGUGUGUAUGUGUGUAAUCUGUUAGAUUGGGGAUAGGUUUUCUGUUAGCCUAUACUAAAAGAGACCUGCAAUAAAAAAUUGCCCUGAUCUGAUAGAAAAUGAAGUGUUUGUGUAUGACUGUGUGUGAGUGUGUUUUGUGCCUGUAUAUAUCUACACACAGAUGAGAAAUUAUAUUUGAAAUUGUUGGAAAAUAAAUCAAAUUCAGCUCAAAAUGCCUUUCAGGCCCAUUACCUAGAAAUCUGUCUUAAAACCUGGGUAUGUUCCUGAGGUCAUUUCUUUGCUUAUGCUAAAUUAGCUACAAUUAUGAAUGGGGGAUAUUCUACUGCACUUUUUAAAAAGAAACUAUUUUUGUGUUUGAAAGGAAACCAACAUCCAGAUCUAUAGCAGAGUCCUAGUUUCUUUCAUAAAUCUUUUUACCUUGACUACAAAUAGAUGAUGCUAUGAUUCUAUAUAUUUUAUAUAAAAUCUAUCCAAAUUAGUGUCUGGGUAAGCUUGUGUUGUUGUUUAACCUGAAAUACAAUAACUGUUAAUAUCCUGAACAGUAGUUCACUCCAUUUGGGCCUUCCUCUCCAGACUUAAACACUCAGGAACUAUUGCGAGAAACUUUCCCCAGAUCAAAUUCUGUUAAUACUGAAGUAAAAGUCAUCCAUGCCCCGCCACUUAUCACACACCCUUUAUUCCCACUGAAAGGCAGAACUCAACCUAUUAUUUUAUAUCUGUAAUCAUGUAUAUAGGCAUCUUUUGGAGGAAAAGGGCAGUAUAACUCACUGGAGCGUGCAGUAUUUUGCUAGAGCAUUUCAAAGAAUGGAAUCUUCCCCAGUAUGAAAUUAUUUGCUAUAAACUAGCUUAAUGAUGCUGAGGACUUAUAAGCGUUUAGAAGGUUAUUUGGUGAUGAUUUUCUCUGGGAUGGAAUGCUGGUUUACCUUCAGUCCCCUUCAUUAACCUUGUUGUAAGUGAAUUCAUAGUUCUUUCCACAUACCCUUUUGGAGGCUCCAGAUCCAGUAUCUUGUUUGGCCCCCAAACUGAAGCAGCUUCUGCUCUUGUCUCCCAGUAGCAGGGAGCUGCUCAGUCUUUUCCACAGGGAGUGAGGAGCCUACAUUCCUUAAGACGGGAGCUUACUGCUGAAAAUCCUUUCCCUGAACUUUUUGGCCAGCAGAAAUCAAUGUAACUGACAGGUAUAUUCUCAAAUACCUUUCAUGAGUUGCUUUUUUAUUUAAAAAUGUUAAAUGACCAAGCCUGUGAGGCAGGAGAUGCCCAGAGGACUGGUAAUAUUAAAGCACUCAUUCCCUUGUCCUUUCAGGUUGCCCAUACACAUUCAUCUGUGUGUCAUUUGAUUGUCUCACUUUUAACCCAUAGCAGUAACAACCCACACCAUCUUCCUUCAGGGACCUCCCAGCUAGCACCCUGUUUGUGGGUGCUAUGCAGAAUGCAAUUUAAUGGAUAUUUCUCAGCCUGAUUCAGAAUAAAUAGAACACAGAACCCUUGAUCCCAGAAAAUAUAGACUGAAGUGUGGGGUAAAGAUUAUGAUUGGGGGAGGGUUAGAGACAAAAGCUGUAAAUUACUAUGGCUGAUUGAUUUAUUUCUACUAUAUACAUAUAUAUAUAUAUAUAUUUUUUGCUUUUGUAUAUCCUAUAUAGGAAACUAAGCAUUGUAUUUUUUUAACAAAUCUGAGAAAGCACUAUGAACUGCAGAUGUUUGACUUUCAGAAUAUAUUUUGUAUUGUUAAUAUCUUCACACUGUGUGAAUACUGGAAGCUGCAGAUCUUUGCUAGGACGCAAUAAAUUUAUAUACUUUUUGAGGGGUUCUUCUGGGGGUAUUAAUCAGGCCCCUGUUACACUUCGGGGGAGCCCUGGUGCUACUCGCUUAGAGUUUCAUUCAAUUGUAAGUACCCUGAUGCCUUUUGGACCUUGGGAUCAGACCAAACACGUUUUGGAGAUCCCAGUACCAAGGAAAUGAGGAUGGUCUAGCUGCCUCAAGUGAGGGGCCCUUAGCAUAGCUCUCCUUCCCCCUAUUCAAAGCUGGGUAGCCUCUUAGGGUUGGGAAGAGAAAUGUGAAAUCUCAGAGUUUCAUCUCCCUUAGAAGAGAGCCAGUAACUUAAUAUGCAAGGAUGAAAGGUGGCAGCAGUAGUUUUGGGGAAAGGGAGGAGGAUAUGGCAUUUCUCCAACCCCGGAAAACAUUGCUUUUGAAAACUGCUGAUAAAAUGUGGGCAGGUUAUUACUUUUGUUUGGGAGCAUGUGUUCUCUCUGGUGCCUCUCUUGGCUCUCCUCCUGGGGUACAGACCUUUUCUAGGAGGAUGAGCAGACCAGCUUUGAGGUUGACCUGUUUCUUUUCUUUGUCUGCCUUCCCUAAACACCAGCCCCCGGGAGGACAUUGAACAGCCUUAAGCUUAAAUUCCUACUCCCUCUUUCCAGUUUGGCUCACUUGCCUUAGAUUGAAGGCUAGGCAAGGGG